CUCUCGUUAGCACACCACCACCGCUUCAGAGCAGAAACAGUCGCAAAGAUGGCAAACGGCUGGAGCCUUAUCAUCGGCCUCAUCUUCAUCAUCGCUUUCUCUAUCGCCUCGUGGUUUUUGAGCCCCAAAGGCGAAAAUCAGACAGUGUGGCGGUCGUCGCUGAUCUUGUCAGCGUGGUCAUGCUUCCUCAUGUGGGCCAUAACCUUCCUUGCACAAUGGCAUCCGCUUAUAUCACCUAUCAACAAUACGCUGCGGCCGGGCUAUGAGUGACCAGCCAUGCCGAUAGGAGGAGAAGAGGAAUCUCGAGGCAAGGCCGGUGCAAGCUUGUCUGUUGGCAAUGCAAUGGAACUCAGAACAGCCUAAGAGUUUGAGCUCAACGAGAUGCCGAAUGCUACACGUACAGGCUUUGUAUCAUACUGUAGUAAUGUGAAGUGAUUAGAGGCACUGGAAAGCCGACUCAGCACAAUAGAGUCACGGGACUUCUCUGCAGACAGCUGGACACAUUUCAAACAGUUUCUCUGCAACAUUAUCGCAUCAUCCUGUGCAAAUUUUGCAGAUCUCUUAAUCAUAAAUGAUGCUACGCCAAACUCACAACAGC